UGUGGUGUCUCCUUGUGAUGUGUGUUUUGUCCUAUAAUUUUAUUUGUAAUACCUUUUGGUAGGCGUCAUUGUAAAUAAGAAUUAGUUCUUAACUGACUUACCUAGUUAAAUAAAAUACAAUAUGAAGCGCAGGAGCUUCCUGCUGGCAUUUGUAGUCUUGCUGAGGUUUUCUCUGUUGCAAAUUAGCAUUUUGGAUUUUUAAGAGUAAAUUGAGGCGUAUAUAUAUUGGUAAACCUUACCUUGUCUGAGAGAGAAUUAAACGGUUAGCAAAACGUAACGCCAAGGUAAGCCCACACUAAACAUAUAAUGCAUUUUACAAAUAAUUCAAAUAAAGUAUGUGGGGAAAAAAUUAUGUUGGAAAGACGAUUGGAACCAAUUCUGUUUGAAUGCUAGGUUGUAUAGGUAUUAUAACGAGUCCACUGUGGGGGACUAUAGGCGGAUCACCGACCUUGCACGCUGUGCUCGCACGGUUUCGAUGAGAUCGUGACGUUAACCGGUGAAAGUUGAAACAAGGAAGAAGGGUGUAUGUAGCCUUCUGUAUGUAACUGAAUGUCAGACGAAUAAAAAAAUAGGGUGCUGCAAAUUAUUCAGAAACGUACUCUAUAACGUUACAAUUCUUGAAUUGUCAUCGAAAUAUUUUAAGAAUGGAUUUAAACAGUAUCUUGUCAAAGCUCGAGACUAACAAUGAAGAGGAAAUUAAAAGGCUUUUGCACCAGUACAACGUAGAGAAUAGUCGCACAUUCACCUUUGACCCAAAAGAGGAGGACCUACGAAGUAGGCUGUGUCAGGGUCUGCUGACUGUGCUGGGGAGGCAGGUUGGGUCCUGCUGCCAGAGCACCUGCCUGGAGACCCUUCGCAUCCUGUCCAGGGACAAGCGGGUUCUGGGCCCUGUGGGCACCCGGGAGGGCAUGCUGGUCCUGGCCGGGCUGGCUCGGCUGCAGGCGGGAGAGGAGGGAGGUGACAGUCUGCAAGAGGAUGCCCAGACAGAGGAGGAAGAGAGGGUGGUGGUGGAGGCCCUUAAGUGCCUGUGUAACGUGGUGUUUAACAGCGUGGCGGCACAGCAGGUGGGUGCCGACGUGCAGCUGGCACGUGGUCUGUGUGCCCGCCUGCACGCCGCCCGUGCCGGGUGUCACGAGGUGGGCCUGUUCUCCCUGCGCCUGCUCUUCCUGCUCUCGGCUCUGCGGCCAGACGUCCGGGGGGGGCUCCAGAGAGAGCUGCAUGCCGUGGGCCUCCUCACAGAGGUGCUGGAGCGUACCCUGGACCUACGCUGGGUGGGCCCCUACGAGGUGGCCCAUCCAGGCCUCCAGGCCUUGCCUAUCCCUGCUGAAGACAACGAGAGGGCCAUGGAGGCACUGAAAGCCUUGUUCAACCUUACGCUGUCUGACACUAGUGAUGAGGGUGGUGACCACCAGCUCCGCCUUGUCACCGCCAUCAUGCGCCAUCUAUUGAUGCUUAAGACUCAGGCAGAGGACAAAACAGAGGAAGCACACAGCCAUGCCAUCAACCUGCUGAGUAACCUUCCAGUGUCAUGUCUGGAUGUGCUGAUUGACUUGCCGGUCCAGGGGGGCCAGGAGGAGUACAGCGGGAAGAACAUGGACGCUGUGCAGGUGCUACUGGACUUUAUGGAGAAGAGGAUAGACAAGCAGGGUGCCAACUACAAAGAGGGGCUGACCCCAGUGCUCAGCCUGCUGACCGAGGGUUCCAGGUACCACAGGGAGAUCCGCAGAUACAUCAAGACACAGGUGCUGCCCCCGCUGAAGGAGGUCAAGGUCAGGCCGGAGAUAGGGUCCACCGUUAGGAACAAGCUGGUGCGCCUCAUGACCCACGUGGACAUGGGCGUGAAGCAGAGCGCUGCAGAGUUCCUCUUCGUCCUCUGCAAAGAGAGUGUGGACCACCUGUUGAAGUACACUGGGUAUGGUAAUGCAGCAGGACUCCUGGUGGCUCGAGGCCUGCUGGCAGGGGGGCGAGGAGAGACUCUGUACUCAGACGACGAAGACUCGGACACCGAAGAGUACAAAUCGGCUAAACCUUUCAUCAACCCCAUCACGGGUCACGUGGAGGAGCCCAUGCCUAACCCCAUCGAAGACAUGACUGAGGAGCAGAAAGAGUACGAGGCCCAGAAAUUGGUCAACAUGUUUGACAAGUUGUCAAGGCAGCAGCUGAUCAGACCAAUGGGGGUGAGGAGGGACGGCACACUGGCACCCCUAGAGGAGGCUCUUAGACAGCCCACGGCUGACAGCUCAGACUCCGACUAGAGCCACUACGACACAGAUCAGACCACCCUACACAGUGCCCUCAGAAAGUAUUCAUACCCUUUUACUUAUUCAACAUUUAGUUGUUACAGCCUGAAUUCAAAAUGGAUUGAAUAUAAUUUAUUUUUCAACCAGCUACACACAAAACCUCAUAAUGACAAAGUGAA